AUGCCUGCCGGGAAGUGUAGUCCGGGCCGCCUCCAGGGCAGGGAGCCCUCCUGGCGGUGCCUUCCCCUGGCGGGGCUCCUCCGCCUCCCGGGAAGGAAGCCAAGGGAGGCGGGGCGGCGGGGCGACGCGGAACCGGAGCGGCCCGGCUUGCGGGGAGCAGCACCCUGGCGGCUGUGUUCCGGGCACUACAAGCCCCAGCGUGCCUUGCGGCGGGAGAGGAGCAUGGAGAGCCCCCUGCCUGGCGGUCCCCGGGAAAGCCGGGCAGAGCGCGCCGGCGGGGCGAGAAACAUGUGGGUGUUCGGCUACGGCUCGCUCAUCUGGAAAGUGGACUUCCCUUACGAGGACAAGAUGGUGGGCUACAUCACGGGCUACAGCCGCCGCUUCUGGCAAGGGAGCACCGACCACCGCGGGGUCCCGGGGAAGCCUGGAAGAGUUGUUACACUUAUUGAAGAUCCUGAGGGCUGUGUAUGGGGAGUUGCAUACAAACUACCAAUCGGACAAGAAGGCGAAGUAAAAGCGUAUCUUGAUUUCCGAGAGAAAGGUGGCUACAGGACUACAAGUGUUCUUUUCUAUCCCAAAGAUCCCUUAGUGGAACCGUUCGAUGUGCUGCUAUAUAUUGGAACCUGGGAAAACCCUAACUACCUUGGACCAGCACCUCUAGAAGAUAUUGCUGAACAGAUUUCUAAUGCAGCUGGUCCAAGUGGAAGAAACACAGAAUACCUCUUUGAACUCUGCAACUCCCUCAGGGAUCUCGUACCAGAAGAUGUAGAUGAACAUGUUUUUGCUUUAGAGAAACUAGUAAAGAAACUCUUGGAACAAGAACAGCAAAAACUUAAUUCCGUAUAAAACAAAUAUUUCAAACAUUCAUCGUCAUCAGAAUAAUAGUUUCAUAGACAUACAUGUUGAAUUUGGAGAUGUACCAUCUGGACUUUACAAUACAUGUUUCCUCCAGGGCACUACUGUUGUUACUCAGUAGAAAGUGGUGUUUAAAACUAUGUCUUCAGGAGUUUAAGGGAGGAAGACCUUUGGGGUUUUGUAAUAAAUUCAAACAAUGUAUUCUUUAUUUCUCAAAUGUGAGAAAAAAUAUAGGCCCAGUUUUUAAGUUUGAGAGGAAACUUUUUUGAUUUCAAGCUAUUUAGAUUUUUCGUGUUUUAAAAAUAUAGAUUUGACUAGAUCCUACACUUGGACAGACUAUGGAUAUAAUCCUAGUCAUAUUUACUUGGUCCUCCCCCCGCCCCAGUCAAAUUGAGGAUUGCUUCUGUUGGUAAACAUGCAUAGGAUUGAGCUUUAUGUGUCAAUUUGGGCCUGGAUCACAAUUACUCAACAACAAAACGGUGUCAGUGGGGUUUGUUGAUUAUAACACUGACAUGGAAAUCCUCUGUACAGUUAUUUAGGGGUACGUCCCAUGGAAGAAUUUAAAGUAAACAUUAACAGAUUUGCACUGUUAAGUGGUAAUUAUUCCUAUGCAAGGACUGGGUCCACUGUAAAACUACAUUAGAAAUGUUUUAGAAUACGCUCACUACAAGGUAUUUAUUAUCUACUUCAAGCACUGAACUCAGUGGUUUUAUAUAUAUUAACUAUUUGUUCUUUGCUAAGUUGAGCAAAUAAUUCUUGAAGGAAAUGACACUUUCUUUUUAAGAUACAUAUCGUGUCAAGAUCCUCAGGAACAAUCAAUAACUCAUACCAUAUUGGUGCCUUAUUUUAUUUUUUAUCACAAGACGUUUUAAAGAGCUGCAAAAAAGGAGUAUGACUUGAAUCUGCAAUAGCAAGAAUGUUCAGAAACUUCCUUUCUUAUUCACUAGGCAUUUUUCCAGAAAUUUUUAAAUGAGCUAAAACAGGUGGCCACUAUGUACAGAUCUUUUUUGGUCCUCUCCCAGUGACUUAAAAUCUAUAAAUUACAGCUUGUAGCAGCCCAGUGUUCAAAUAUACCAAUAUCAACCUGUAUUAUGAUCCCUACUGA